AUGGUCAUAAAUCUUGCCAUGACUAACAAUUACUACCUCAACAUUCGAAACGCUAAUUCAGCGUCAACUACUACAUCCUCUAUAUUCUCCAAUUUGAAUGAAAACUACGAAUCAAAAAUUAAAGAAAUUGAAGAUUACUAUAUAAAGACGCUACUUAAUGAGAAUAACGACAAUGAUGACGACGGUAAUGACGACGGAAGUACCAGUGAUGGGCGUAAUAUAAAUGAAACGGACAUUCUGAGCGAAUCUUCUCCAAGGCCUUCCCCUUCGUUGCCUUCUAAACCGAACUGUUAUCAUUCAUUGGCAGAUUUCAAAGAUUUGAUCAUAUCUGAUUCUAAGCCUAUAGAUACAUUGUACUCUGCCAAUCCCUUUGCAACUAGUAACAAUAUUUCAUUAAUCAAUUCUACCGAGAAAAAGCACAAGAAGAGGUUGCUCGAGGUAGAGAUCAACCCAACUUAUACAACAAAUGCAUCUUCAUUACCUUUAACCACAGAAAAUUUACAAAAGUUAUCACAACUGAACUCACCGCCAAAUGGAUUACCAUAUGUACUCCCAAUUCAGAAAACAACAAAUAUAGAACCCUCUACAACCUCCCCCUUGCAAGAGCCUCAACUAGUUAAUAAAACCUUAUACAAGACGGAACUGUGCGAAUCAUUCACCAUUAAAGGCUUUUGUAAGUACAGUAAUAAAUGCCAAUUUGCUCAUGGUUUAAACGAACUAAAAUUCAAAAAAAAAUCAAACAAUUAUAGAACCAAACCUUGCAUAAACUGGGCAAAGUUGGGCUACUGUCCGUAUGGUAAGCGCUGUUGUUUCAAGCACGGCGAUGACAAAGACGUACAGAUAUACCAAAGUGCUACCAAUGGCUCAAGUAACGGUGCGGAAGUUGAUGUGCCCUCCUCUAUCACAACUUUCAUCAACAAUAACAACACCACCAAUUUGACUAAGCCCAAAAAUUUACAUACUAGCGUUAAAGCAUUGCAAAGGAUGACUUGGUAG